CUGCCAGGCAAGUGCAGGAUGUGCAGCAGGUUCCUGAGACAGCUAUUGGCUCAAGAGAGCCAGUACUCCACUCCUGUGGGGCGCUUCCUUCUUCCAGUGCUCAUGGGAUUCCGUCUCCUGAUCCUGGUUUCCAGUGGACCUGGGGUUUUUGGGGAUGAUGAGAACAAAUUCAUAUGUCAUCUAGGGCAGCCAGGCUGCAAGACCCUUUGCUAUGAUGUCUUCCGCCCUCUCUCUCCGUUGCGCUUCUGGGCCUUCCAAGUCAUCCUGAUGGCCGUCCCCAGUGCCAUGUAUGUGGCUUUCACUCUGUAUCAUGUGAUUGGAUACUGGGAGGUACCAGGAAAGGAGAACAAGGAGCAGGAGUCCCGGAUUUGCAAAAGGGAUCGUAGCAAGGAUGUCUCAGGGGCUAAAAGCCUCAAGCUUCUCUGGGCCUAUGUGGCACACCUUGGGGUGCGACUGGUCCUUGAGGGAGCAGCUCUAGGAGUUCAGUACCAUUUGUAUGGCUUCAAGAUGCCCAGCACUUUUGAAUGUCGUGAAGAUCCUUGCAUUGGCAGCACGACCUGUUUCCAGUCUCACCCCUCUGAGAAGACCAUCUUACUCAACACCAUGUUUGGGAUCAGCAGCGCCAGUCUCUUAUUUAUUUUCCUGGAGCUUGUGCUCUUGGGUUUAGGGAGGUUUUGGAGGAUGUACAGGCACAAACUUCCCUUCCUAAAGAACUUGCCAACCUCAGAGAGCUCCGUAAGACGCAAGGACACAACCGACGACUUGUCAGUGGUGGAGACAAAAGAGCCAUUUUGA